GCCGGCCAAUAGGCUCGCGGGAUGUUUGGACGUGAGAGGAGGGGUCUCAGUGUUCAGCUGCCAGUUUGAAAAGAUGUCGGGACGGAGGCGCAUCGGCGACCCCGAGUAUUUAACCAGGAGGAUUCCCCAGAACCCUAAGUAUCAGUAUGUGAAAACUCGCCUCGAUACGGGUAACAGCCUGAUCAAAUGCAUGGAGAAAUUGGAAGAGAAGAAAAGAAAUUACAGACACAAAAAGGAUGAGCUAUUCAGAAGAUUAAAGGUGACUACUUUGGCCCAGCUGGUCAUCCAUGUCUCUUCCCUGUCUGAUAAAACGUUAGAAGUGACAGCUGAGGAAAUCCAAAAGCUGGAAGAUGGUGAUGGCAUCGCUUCAGAUGGUGAUGUUCAACUCAAAGCUGGGACAAAUGGGAAGGCAAGCCCUAUUGAGAACCCACCUAGUCCAGUCCUAUUCAUAAACAACACUGGCGGUGGAGAGUCUCAUCGGUCUACUUUGCAAAGCCUGAUAAGUGGUGUUGGUGAGCUAGACAUACACAAAGACACGCCCAAGAAACCUGACACUAAUGAUACUAAAGAUGGACCUUAUCCUGAUUGCCCCUUCCUGCUGCUAGACGUACGGGAUCGAGACGCGUACGACCAAUGUCACAUUGUUGGAGCGUAUUCCUACCCAAUCGCAACAUUAUCCAGGACCAUGAAUCCAUACACCAAUAAUAUUCUGGAAUAUAAAAACGCCCAUGGAAAAAUCAUCAUCUUGUACGAUGACGACGAGCGAAUAGCCAGCCAGGCUGCCACCACUAUGUGCGAGAGAGGCUUUGAGAACGUAUUCAUGUUAUCUGGAGGUCUAAAAGUCCUCGCACAGAAGGUGCCUGAAGGACUAGUCACUGGCUCAUUCCCAACAUCCUGCCAGUUGAUGACCCAAACUGGCUGUGCCCGAAAAAGGGCCAGCCCUAAAGUGCCACCCACACCCGCUGAGAAUAAGUGGAGAUUUACUACAGAAGAUCUACAGAAGAUAAAGUGCUACCUGGAAGAAGAGCAGAUCCCUUCAGACCGCCUUAGCCGUGGUUCCUCGGGCCGGGACUGCAGGGCCUCUACUGUGAGGAGCAGCCAGAACCUCUCCACCGCCAACUCAGCUAGCUCCCUUGCCACCCGCUCCUUCAGCAGCGGCAGUCUGCAGAACAAACCCUGGAAAUAAAGACAGCAUCUCCUUUCCAUUGAAUAAAUGAAUGUCCCAGUACAUCCUGCUCAGUACAUCCUUUUGUUGUUUUAGGAAGCUGCUAAGAGGAAGAAAAGAAUGGUAUAAGACUAGCAGACGGGGAGAGGGCGGGGGGUCCAAGACGCCUGACAUUCAGUAGGACAGGAAAAAGUACAAUUUUAUAAGACUUCUCGUAAAAGGACAAUGUCAGGUCAAAGUCGUUGGAAUGGUGAAUUUGGGGAGGGCAGGAAGAGCCCCUGACCAAUGGAAGCGGUCCUGUGAAAUGUGUAACCUAAGGAAAAGCCAGUUGAAUUUGUGCUUGUAACAAUUAUUCUUUCCAGCGUCCUGCGCAGCACUGCAGCAUCAUGCUAAUAAGUGAGACCUUGGGAGAUGGAUAGACCAGAAACUAACUGCACACACAAAUCCUGGUGUCUACCUGAAAUGCUGAAACUGAACAAACAGCCAAAAUGGUGAAGAGUGAGAGACUUGAGAAACAUCCUUUUUUUUUUAACCAAUGAAAUGUAUUUCUUAUAAGGGCAUUCUUGUAAAUAUGCAGCAUGCUGUUUUGAACCUGACGGUGUCCCUUUCCCUACAGUACUGUUUACAAAAUGCUUCUGUAUUUUUAAAAUUGAGUUGGGGCAGGGAAAAGAUUUUUUUUUUCACCCCUUAGAGUUUUGAACACCUGUUUUUUAUGAUGUUUUAUUUGUUUCAUGCUGAAAUUGUAAUAUGCUGGUUAUGAUGGAAGAUGCUCUAUUCUGUACUGCUUGUUUCCUAAAGGAGUUUAGGAAGCAACUUUGGGCGUGAUCCUGUGAUGUUCUGAGCAGAAAUUUGAUUGACUUCGCUCGCAACAGGAUAAGCCAUCAAGGUACAGACUGGUUUAAAUCCAUGCCACUGAAUUGCUGUUGGCUGGGGACUGAAGUAGCAGAGAGAAGUACAAAGUGAGUAAGGUGGAUGCCCUGAAACUCUUUGUUGCUAUCUUCCUUAUGACAUCACAGUGUUGUGUGAAGUAAAUGCACCAGGAUUCAGUGUGAAGUUUGUGCGACCGUGUUGCAAUGUCAGGUCUUGUCAUGAUUGGCUGGCCAUUUCCAGCUCUUCUACUUAACACAAUGUUUUUCUCCUUCCUUCUGUCUGGGGAGUGAGGAAGCAGAGGAUGUUUCUGGCUGCCUGAAAGGCUCUUGGCUUUUCUGUCUGACUUAGCUCAUUCGCCUGCUCUGUCCUGACUUGCUUGGGCAGUAGCAGAAUGGCUCUGAACAGAGCUCAUCCGCUCUGCCCAAGGCAGUUUCUCACCUGACGUGGUCUCUGACUGACACACUGCGGCUUUUCUGAGCUGCUUGGAGCCAGAGGCUGAAGAUUGCCCCUCUAGACAGACUGAAGGCCAGAAGUUAAUCAGCCUGCCUUCCAGGAUCGCAAUAAAAGAGAGGAGGCAGAAGAAUUUCACUUGAUAUAGAGCAGGGUCCUUCACUGCAGCUUUAGUGACUAGCAAGGAAAGGCUUGAAACUUUCUCCCUGUAUCUGCUCUCUGCAGCUGUCUUUUUGGGGAGAAGGGGUGCGGACAACCGUCCAGUUACCAAUAUGACGUUCCAGCAAGGCUUCUUGGUACUAGGAGCUGCCGAAUCUUAGUGAAGCUGAGUCUGGUGACUUACUAGGAAACUGAAGGCUGAAUGGAGAGGGUGCUGAAGUGUGAAUCCAGAUGCCAUUAGUCAAAGAUAAGUGCUCCCAGCCACAGCAUCACUGGCUUGUACUUCUCUCUUGUAGUGUCUGGAUAGAAAUUAUUUGAUGCUCAAGCAGGGUUAGGAAAUAGUGGGAACCAGCUGUUGGGGCAGUUACUUAGGAACUCCUGCUUUCUGCCCGUUUGUCUGCAGUAUUAUUUGAAUGUAGUCCAACUACUCUUGUCUAAAUCAGGCAAGAACAGGCUCCCAGUUCUCCAUGGGUACACAUCAGCUGGAGGUAGCCGUGCUGGAAGCACAGGCUUACGCAAGAUGGCAGCAUUUUAAUCCUUUGCCACCAGCGCAGGUGUGUGUGUGGGUUUUGGGUUUAGAUGGGAGUGAAAAGGUGUUAGAUGGUCACUCCUGCUUCUGGAAAUUGACUGUGAUCUCUUAACAGGCUCCCACUGGCUGUCUCCAGUGCCUCAGAGGCAGUGGUUGGAAGCCAUGGAAGUUACUCAUUCAGGACCUUUAAUCUGAAUCCUUCACAAAACAGUGAUUGCUUGGUUAACUUUCCCAGGACCAGGAACUGGUGUUUUGACUUUUAUCCUACUUAGCAUUGUCAGAGUGCAGGGGACUGAUGUGUAAUGUGCUGAGCGCCCUCAUUUCCCACUGACAUCAGUGGGCAUUGAGGAUAUUCACCAUUCUGUCAGGACCAGGCCGCUAGUCAUCACCAGAAGUUCAUGUGCGGACUACUUUUGAGGUGUAGGACCUGUCAUUGUAUUUAUAUGGCCAACAGCUUUGUGUCCUUAAAUGUGAAGGCUGUAAACAGAUUCACUUCUCUCUUUCCUUACAGAACUAGUGUGUGGCACUGGUCUGUGGACUGAAAUGGAGGGUAGAUUCCCUGCCAAUGUGAAUAGUCUCGCUCUUCCGAAAGAGACGCUUUGUUCUGCUGUAACAUGCCAAAAAAAUCCAUGCUUUUCAACCACCGAAAGAGCAGACGUUGUUCAGUGGGCUGGCUGGGUGGCAUAGAUAGGCAGGUGACAGCUAUGAGGAUGCCGGUUGUAAGGUGACCACGUGCUACAGAAGAACGUGUGAUCCCAGACCUGCACAGCUGGUUCACCUCAUAGCUCUGAGCCAGAAGCAGUCUUCUGUGCUCAGCUCCUACCCAUACAAAUGACUCCUACUUCUAGAGGGGGACCUGCAUAAAUUCCUUUGAGGGAGGUAUUCCAGAGGUGCCAGCCAAUAUUUAUCCCAGCCCAUCUCACCCCAGGCCCUUCUGAGAGCCUAAGAGCUACAUUUGGCGUUUUUGUAAAUUUUCAUUAAAUACCUAUAUUUUUAUAUGUAACAAACCCUGAUCACAAUUAAAAUGGAGCUCCCUGCUCCCUAAGGAAGUCUGUGAAGUUGCAUUUUAACUGGUACAAUUGGUUUUUACAGGGUUUUCUGUGCAUGUAUUUUUGGGUUUAUGAGAAGUUCUGGAUUAAAACAUUAAGUGGAUUUGGAGGCCCGGAUACUUCUCUUGGAUUUACCUAUAGGUAGGCAGAAAUUUCUGCCCAAUAAGUCUUUUAGAUUAUGUCAAUUUUUGUCUUAUUUAUCUCGUAGUCUGAUUUUUAUGUUAUCACAUUUCUAGUAAGAGAUUUGGGGGGGGGGGUUCAUGGAUUAAUUUAUAUUUAAUGAGCUAAUGAGGCAAUGACUUUUGCUGACUUUGGGCUCAUCAUUUUUUUACUGAUCAGUGGUAAUACAAGUCUUUGGAGAGUAACUGAAUUGUCUGAUCCCAAACUAGGGAACCUGUGAGUACACAUUUUCCAUCCUGCCUCUAUUCUGUGGCAUUGAACAAGUCACUUAAAUUCUUUGAGCCUCACGGUUCCCAUCUGUAAACUGGGGCUCAUGAUCCUUCCUUCCCUUAGAGGGAUGUCACCAUGAGGCUGUACAACACGAUAUUUGCAAAAGGCUCAGAAAACACAUUAUCAUUUUAGGAAAGCAUCACAUAAAUGCCAAGUAUCUUAUUGACUUUGGCCAUCUAGGGUAGAGCACUGACGCACACUAGUGUGCAUCUGAUAUUGAUGGGCUUAAUUCACUCCUUCCCUCUGGCUUGUAAGACUUCCCCCUUUUUCCUUGCUGUCAUGAAAUAAAAACUUGAUUGAAACAGCAUCCCCCACAGAAUCGAUUAGCUUCUCCUCUAGGAUAGUUUAUCGUAUUAUUGCACCCCAGAAAUUUGCUACAUCAGAUCAACGUAGCAGAAUGAUUUAAAAUAUGUCCUGCAGAGGUAAGGACAGCGCUUAAAACACUGGGACUAGCAUCGUUCUAACCGAUCCAUCUUUUAUAUGGAAUAGUAGGUAUUUAAACAGUGCAAGCAUCCGGGAAUAUUAGGCAUAUUCAGGAAGCAGAAGUGAAAUGCGGCCAGUUUAAAAUUGGGAAUGAAAUCUGUCAAUUAUGCAGUUGGGAGGUGAAGAAUGUCUUACCAUCUACUGUCCAAAAUCUUCUGGGGUACCGAGAAACCCUCCUCCACUUUCGUUUUUAAUUGGAGGGAGGGCACCAAUCUGAAUUGUUUUAAGGUCUUUUUAAUCCAGGUAGCAAACAGACAGCUAAAAUGUCCCACUUUACCCCCUUGUUGUUGUUGUGCGCACAUUAGGUUAACUGUCUUAUGACUUGGCUGGUAUCUUUUGUUUGGGGUGUGGGAAGGGAGUGCAUAGUUUCUUUACAGUCUGGUUUUUAAAUGGCUUCAUUCAAUAAAAGGCAAAUGAUGCAGCAUG